AUGGAAAAACUUUUUAAUGAGUUGAUUCAAGGCUUGAGGAAAUUUCAGGAUGAAAGUAAUAAGAAUAUUCAUUUAUAUGAAGAAGAGAAUUUUAUAUUUUGGAAGACUACAAAUAUAAAUUAUCAUACAUUACUAAGCUCACUGCCAGAUGGAUAUUUGCUUAUUACUAAAAAUCCAACUUCUAAGCUACUUGAAAUAAAUGAACUUAACCCCAAUAUUUAUAGUGGAUAUAUAUCAACUGAAGAUUAUAUAAACAAAUGUAAACGAGUACUUUCUGAUGAUUGUAAAAAUUUAAAUAGGUUAUGUCUUUGCGAGGUAAUGAGGAAUUCAAUAUCCAAAUAUUAUAGUAAGGUAUUAGAUACAAAUAUAAUAUAUGAUAUUUCCAAGUUUAAGACUUUAGAAUCUUAUGAUAAUAAUUCAACAUAUAAUAGAGAUUUUGAUUACUUAAUAAUUGAACCAUACUUACUUCCAAUAAAAAUAAGCUAUGUGAGAAAUAUAGUAUCAUAUAUAUCUUUCAAAAAUUAUGAAUUACCAUUACCCUUGGUAUUUUAUGUAGAAGAUGAUAGAAUUCCCCCAGAAGCUACCAAAGGUAAAAAAACUAUUUAUACAAUACUGAAGCCCAAUACUAAUAGCUACAUCAAGUACAGCAUAUACUCAAUAUAUGAAUACUAUGGAAUACUUACUUCACUACUAAGAAAAGAUGAAAUAAUAAUGAAUAAUAAAGUUGAUGAUAAUACAUGUAACUUAGAAAAUCGAAAAAUAAGUAUUAAUAAGGAACCCUUAAAUAACAUCACAAUAAGUGAAUUUAUAACUAAUUUAGAUUGUAACCUAAACAACAAAGAAAUGCCGAAUAUAUGUAUUGCAUGUUCAAGAUAUGAUAUUUACAACAAUUCAGCAAUAUACAAAAGAUAUGAAGAUAACUUCAAUGUUUUUUAUGACAAGUUUAGCAUUGACAAAGUAAUUAGAACUAUCCCAGGACCAUUUAUAUCUUUAUUUGUUAGAUGGUCGAUAAAUCUUAAAGAUCAAUUAUAUCCAUGUAUUCCAAAACCGACUAUUAACAACAUAUAUGAUGGACUUUUUAUAGCAAGGGUAGGCUCAGCUAAACAUUCUCUUCUACCCAAAUUAUUUAAGGAUAUUGAAAUAUUGGAGAAAUUUAUUGAAAUCACCUCAUUGUACAGUGAAUCCAAAGAAUAUAGCAAAGUUAAUAGUAUGAGUUUGCAUUCGAUAGAGUCUAAAUACUCAAGUAAUGAAAAUAUAAAGCUAAAUGAAUCUGAAGAACCUACUUUUUUUUUAAGAGGGGAAUCUGUAAAUUAUGUAUCAUCUUUUAUUAAACAGCUACUAUGUAUUUGGAGUCACUCUAUAUUGCAUGGUAAGCACAAACUUUCUGAAGUAAAGCAAAUAGAAACAGAACAAUCAAAUUUUAAUUCUAAUAGAAAAUCACUUCUUCCCUUUUCAAUAGAUAGAAUUGACAUGGAUUUUACUGAUCAUCUAUGGCAUUAUUUGAAAAGAUCUUAUUGUAUAAAGGAUAUAUAUGAUACAAUCAACUUAAUUAUUGAAGAACUUGAGGAAUCAUCCUUUUCUUCAAAAAUAACUUCAAGACUAUUACCAUUUGUUCGUGAUGACAAUGAAACAAUAAUUGGUCAAAUGAGUAGAUUGGCUAUACAAAUAUCUAAGCUUCAGCGUUUUGAUAAAAAUGAAAAUGAUGACAAAAUAAAAGUGUUGAAAAGCAAAUGGAAAAAUUACAAACAUAACUGGUGCUUAAAUAUUUCAAUGAUACCAUUUAUUAUUAUACAAAUAGGUAUUGAAUGUAUAAUUAACGAUAUGAAGCUUGUAAUUAAAAAGGCAGAUCCUUCAAUAGAUGAAACACAAUUAGAGUGGUAUCUAGACUAUAUAAGUACAAAUAUUCUAAACACAGAUAGCAAAAUAAAUAACGAAGUAGCUAUAUAUGAGCAUAUGAAUAAGAACAUUACAUCACGUAUUAAACGACUACUUUGCACUUGCGAACUAGCAUCCCUAUGUCUACAAAUAAAGAUACCGUGGGAUAUUCUUCAUAAGAUUAUGCAUACAAGUCUUGAAUAUUAUAAAUAUUGCAGUGAAAUAUCUUCACCUCUGUUUGCUUUGCCUAUAUAUAACAAAAAUAUAAUUAAACAAUACAUAUCGUCAAGGAGUCCAAACGAUAUUGAUAUAUCUGUGAAUGACUAUUUUAAUAUAAAUUUCCAAAAAAUUAAUCCAAUAGACAUACCUGUAAUUGGGAAUCAUCAUAAAGAAGAAUCACUACAAUGGUUUAAUACAUAUCCUGUUAAUUUAUGGAAUGUCUACUCUGAAAUUGAGUUAGCUAGCUCACAGAAUCAAACUAGUAACAAAAUACUUACUCAUUAUUCAGUACAAAUAAAACAGAAAAUAAUGUAG